UCCCCUUAAGCAGACCUGAACUUCAAUCACCGGGGUCCGGGAAGGGUUUUUUAAGGGGGGGGGGGAGGCCCAAACGGCGCUGCCAGACCGACCCCUGCCCAUUUCUCCUAAGGAACUCUCAUGGCUUCACGGCUGCAGACAAGUUGCCGUGCAUCUCGGUGGACUAUCGGAGUUUGCAUCCUGGCGGCCGCGCUCCUACCAGGGCUGCAAGCUCAGACUGUCUUAGUCAAUGACACAGUCUCGGGGUUUAUCGGAACAGACGUGGUCCUGCACUGCAGCUUCACCAAUCCACUCCCCAAUGUGAAGAUCACGCAAGUGACGUGGCAGAAAGCCACCAAUGGCACCAAGCAGAAUGUGGCCAUCUACAACCCUGCCAUGGGGGUCUCCAUCCUCUCGCCCUACAAAGAGCGGGUGACGUUCCGGAAUCCAUCCUUUAAAGAUGGCACCAUUCAGCUCUCCCGGCUAGAGCUGGACGAUGAGGGAGUUUACAUCUGUGAGUUUGCUACCUUCCCAGCUGGCAACCGGGAAAGUCAGCUCAACCUCACUGUGCUGGCCAAACCCACAAACUGGAUGGAGGGCACCAAGCGGCCGCUUAUUGCUAAGUCUGGCAGGACAGAAAAGAUCUUGGUAGCUACCUGCACCUCCUCUAAUGGGAAGCCCCCCAGCACUGUCACCUGGGACACCAAGCUCAAAGGGGAAGCGGAGUUCGAGGAGAUCCGGAACAGCAACGGCACCAUCACCGUGAUCAGCCGGUACCGGCUGGUGCCGAGCCGGGAAGCCCACCGCCAGCAGCUCAUGUGUGUGGUCAAUUACCAGCUGGACCGCUUUACCGACAGCAUGACCCUCAACGUGCAGUAUGAGCCAGAAGUCACUAUCGAGGGCUUUGAUGGCAACUGGUUCCUCAACCGGAAGGAUGUGAAGCUGAUAUGCAAAUCUGAUGCCAACCCCCCAGCUCACACCUAUGAAUGGAAGCUGCCAAAUGGGACUCUGCCAGGGAGCGUGGAAAUCCAGAACAACACCAUCUACUUCAAAGGGCCCGUCUCCUACAGUGUGGCUGGCACCUAUGUCUGUGAGGCCUCCAACGCCAUCGGUACCCGGUCGGGGUUGGUGGAAGUCAAUGUCACAGAUAAGCCACUACCUCAGGGUGCCCCAGGAGGCGUUAUUGGGAUCGUGGGAGGUGUCAUCGCAGCAGUCCUCAUCAUUGCCGUGGCUGUCACCGUAAUUAUUGUCUACAGGAGGCAGCAAAAGAACCGCACUGAAACAGACAACGACCUAAUCGACUUGCCUCCAUCCCACAAACCUGCCCCUCCACCAAAGAGGAAACAAGAGAUGAAAAGCCACCUGACUGCAGAAGACAUCCAGGUUGUUCACUUAGACAACAUGAAACACGAGGAGGAAAUCCAGAAACUCCCUCUGCAGACUCCAUACUAUGACAUGGCAGCCACCGAGCCCUCUCCCUACACUGACAAACUGAACUUUGGAAAGUGUCACUCAGAAGUAUCGAAUGCGAGUGAUUACCUGACCCGCUGCUACUCACAUGAAGAUCGAUAUCUGGAGAAGAUCCCUCACGUUUACACCCCUAUGUCAGAUCUUCCACAAGAUCUUUAUCCUCAUCAUGCGGACAUCUCCUUCUGCUGCCCACCUCCUGGUUCCCGGGCUCCUUACAUCUGUCCUAAGGAACAGUAUGUUUAAAGCAUCAACACUGCAAAAUGAAGAAGCUAAUGUUUCUCACUUCUCCUGGGCCAGUCGCUCAACAACCAAGGCCUUUUAGAUCCCUUCUUUUGCCAUUGCUUGUUUUAUUUAUGGCAUUUGAAAUUGGGGUGCGAUUGUAACUGACAUGGUUAGGUUAAGUAUCUGCCUGGCUUGCUUAUGCUCAAGGGAACACUCUGCCAUCACCCACAUCUCAUUCAGUACUUGCGUCUUCCUUUUCUCAUCCUGGCCAUCCUGUAUCAAGCUAGCUCUGUGCGUGCAUGUGUGUGUGGGUGACAAGCUGCCCUGUGUUGGAUGGGAUGUGCCCAACCCGAUUAAAUGUCCGUAGGUUCCCUUGUGCCAAUCUCUGCACUGUUUGCACCAGAGUAGCUGGGUGUGGAUGUUUCACAGCCCUUGUUUCAGCUCGUGUGAAGGUUUACAGCACAGCCAGUGCUAAAUCUGAGGCUGUAGCAGGGCUUUUCCCCCUCCUUUGCAGAAAUUUGUUUCCCCCUUGGCAAUGGGGAUAGGAAAUCCCUGUUGUGAAGAGCUAAACAGCCAAGAUUGCUGAACCAAAUAGUAAGAUGCUUAUAAUGAAAGAUGCUCAAAACCAACCUAAGAAUAGAGAAAAGGUCUUGGUUUAGGGGUUUUGUUUCUCUCCCUUUUCCCUCCUUCUCCCACUCCCAAUAUCUUGGAUUGGCUCUUUUAAAUCCAGAUGGUGUGGGGAUAUAUUUUGAAGCCAACACAUUUGGAGAACGCAUCCUUUAAAUAACCAUCUUAUAACCCAAAACGCAAAGGGAAAAAAAGUAUAGGAAGGAAAACAUUCUCUCUAAUUUUCCUUUUCAAAGCCUAAUGUGACCCCCCCACUAGCAUUUCCCCCUCUCUUCCUUGCAUCUGUUGAUUGGAAUUUCAGAAUGAACUCAGGCAGAAUAUAAAGAAUAAAUCACAAUUUCAGGUAAUCCUCUUGCUCUUCAUGAAGGAUAAAAGCCAAGAGCAGAAUCUGGCCUUUUAACUUUUUCUAAAGCAUCUUGGUCUUGGGACUACAAAUCUUUUGAUACUGGAAUGUGUGUGUGUGUAAAUGCAAACGUGUAUAUUCCUGUGACCACAAAGUGUUUUAAAGAAUGGAACUCAUCUCCACAUCACAUUUGUGUUCACUUGUAUUAGAGUAAAAAUAAAUAUAGAUACACACUUAAAGGUGUAUAGAAGCAAAGAAGAGGAGAAAAAGGCAUUAACAUCCUGUCCGAGAGCUUGGCUUCAAGGAUAACUUUCAUCUGUUCACCCAGG